GGAGGAGACCGCAAAACCGCUUAAACCCCAGCUACCCCCUCAGCCGCUUCAGUCUGAGCCUUGCUUUCUCUCUCUCCGAGCUCCAGCAAUGGCGUCGAUUGCUCUCAGAAACCCUAGUUCAAGGCGGCUGUUCCCGUUCUCUUCCCAAAUCUACUAUUCCUGCUGCCGUGGAGCCGUCUCCGGCCAAUCCUCGGUCACGGAUUCGACCUUUGCAAAUGAUCCGAGAAGCUUGCCGUUGUGGAGAUCCAUGGCCACUUUCACUCGAACCAAACCUCAUGUAAAUGUCGGAACCAUCGGACAUGUUGAUCACGGCAAGACUACACUUACAGCAGCAAUAACAAAGGUGCUUGCAGAAGAAGGAAAGGCAAAGGCUGUUGCGUUCGAUGAAAUUGAUAAGGCUCCUGAAGAGAAAAAGAGAGGGAUUACUAUUGCAACGGCACAUGUGGAGUAUGAGACAGCCAAACGGCACUAUGCACACGUAGACUGCCCUGGACAUGCGGAUUAUGUUAAAAACAUGAUCACUGGAGCUGCCCAAAUGGAUGGUGGCAUUCUGGUUGUAUCUGCGCCAGAUGGGCCCAUGCCACAGACUAAGGAACAUAUUUUAUUGGCACGCCAGGUUGGUGUGCCUUCACUUGUUUGUUUCUUGAAUAAAGUUGAUGCUGUUGAUGAUCCAGAGUUGCUGGAGCUUGUAGAAAUGGAGCUUCGUGAGCUUCUUAGCUUCUACAAGUUCCCUGGGGAUGAGAUUCCUAUCAUUCGGGGUUCAGCUCUGUCUGCCCUACAAGGGACAAAUGAUGAGAUUGGUAGAAAGGCCAUCUUAAAAUUGAUGGAUGCAGUAGAUGAAUACAUCCCUGAUCCUGUGCGUCAGCUUGACAAACCAUUUUUGAUGCCAAUAGAAGAUGUUUUCUCAAUUCAGGGACGUGGAACUGUUGCCACGGGCCGUGUUGAACAAGGAACUAUCAAAGUUGGUGAAGAAGUCGAAGUCUUGGGGUUGCAUACGGGUGCUCCACUUAAAACUACAGUUACCGGGGUAGAGAUGUUCAAGAAAAUACUAGAUCAAGGACAGGCUGGUGACAAUGUCGGCCUUCUUCUGCGUGGUUUGAAGAGAGAUGAUGUGCAACGUGGUCAGGUUAUUGCCAAGCCCGGUACAAUUAAGACUUCCAAGAAAUUCGAGGCAGAGAUAUACGUCCUCACCAAAGAUGAAGGUGGGAGGCACACUGCUUUCUUUUCAAACUAUAUGCCUCAAUUCUAUAUGAGGACGGCUGAUAUCACUGGAAAAGUUGAGUUGCCUGAGGCCGUGAAGAUGGUCAUGCCCGGGGACAACGUGACUGCUGUAUUCGAGCUCAUUCAACCUGUUCCUCUCGAACCAGGGCAAAGAUUUGCACUGAGGGAAGGAGGAAGAACAGUCGGUGCUGGUGUGGUCUCCAAGGUUUUGAGUUGAGCUAUAAUUGAGUUGAGCUCUCUUACUUAUUCUCGAGUAAACACAGCAUUUACUUUUCUGAAUCGGCAGUUUAAGGGAGGUUGCUAGCACCUCGAGAUUGAGGCAAUUGGUAGGAAAUCUAGUGAUGUCAGUGAUAUUCGAUAGAAUUGUCAAAAAUAAUCGGAUAUUCAUAUCUUGAACCAAGAUGGUGUUUUGAGCUUUGCUGUGUAACUGUUCAAUUGUCAAACCAAUGCGACUUACACUUCGUAAUCAUGCUAUCCAUUCAAGUUCUUUGCA